CUUGUAUGAGAGCACGGUGCCCCCAUAACACACAUUUUUGGGCGCCAUGUAAAAAAGCCAGAUAUCCCAGUUUUAUCAGAGCAGCUGAGGGAUACAAGAGAGACCUUCCACUUGGAAUUGCAACCCUUAGUCACCCACGAGGCCGGGCCACGAUCCCAGGUGUACCCCCUGGAAUCCCUCACUGGGUCACGUACCCCCUUGUGGGAAGGGGGUCCAAAAGCCUUGGGCCUGCUCCGCUUCUCAGAAGAACCUUCCAAGGCCGCUUUUAAACGAUGGCUUUUUUUCUCGUUCGUUUUGCUUUUCUUUUGUGUACCCAACCCCUUCCCAGGCCGGGGCUUUCAGGGACUGCGUGUUCCUGCAGCGGACCGCACUCCUCGCGGCAGAGCCGGCAGGGGGUAUCAAUCUUGCCACGACGAGCAUGAAAACGGGACACCUUGAGACAGCGGCCAGAGCACAGAGCUCCUUGUGUUCUCGGCCAGGGGCUGGCGGCGUGGCCUCGGGCCCAUUAAUAAGGCCCUUUUGUGGGGAUGACGGCUCCCGGCUCCAGAGGGACGCGCAGGGCUUGGUCAACAGAGGCUGCUUUCGCCAGGGGAGGGGAGGCCGAGCGAGGGGUUAGGGGGCUGGGAACCUGGCUGUGGGCCAGAGGUGUGGCAGGCGAGGCCAUAAAAAAAAUUAAGGUUUGGAGGCGGCUGGCCUGGCAACUACGAAUGCUCCCCCUGCCCUGUGCGACUGCAAUGGCGUCUGGGGUGUGCCCAAGGCCUGUCCUCAGUUGAGAUGCCGUGGCAGCGAGGCUAUCGUUAAAUAAGUUGGAGUUCUUGUUAUUAAAUAUACCAAGAAAAAAGCACACCAAGAACUCAGGCCAAUAUAAGUUUCAGUAGUGGGAGUCGUAUCUACUCGCAAAUCAGUAGUCAAUUGUAAGAAAAAUUAAUCCAUUCAAAAGUAUGGAUUCUGACAAGGAUUACAAACUCAAAUAGAGAUUACAAAUUCAAACACAGAUUACAAACUCAAACUCAUAAGGAUAUGCAUAACACAGUAAUUCAUUACAGAAUUAGAGAUAAGAGUUUAUGAGUAGAGAUAAGUUCAUGUUAGUCCAUACUGUAGUCAGAUUCGAAGUGAAGGUCUUAGUUUCAAUCAUUGAGCAGAAGUCAAUUAUGGGUCAGAAACUAGGACAGGGGCCUGUUUCGAUGUAUAUACCUUCAUCAGCUAAUUUUUAAGGGGUCGUGUAAGUUUGAAGAAUUCGUAUAAAUAUAUCCUGUUACUUUCUACAUUUCUCAGAGAUAACAACUAAGUGUGGUUAGAUCAACAUGUAUCUUAAGCUUUUCUGUGAGAAACGUGAGUUUGUAAUCUCUGUUUGAGUUUGUAAUCUCUAUUUCACAUAAUCCUCCUUACAAAACUUCUUGCAGCGUGAUCUGUUUGUUACAAUUGCUUUUCAGAUAAUGCAAAUAUUUACUCCAGUCCUCUGAGAAUCUCUGGUCCCGCAGGUUUUCAAUCCUUCCUGUCAUCUUAUCUAAUUCUGCAUAGUCCGUUAAUUUCAUCUGCCAUUCUUCUUUCGUCGGUAAUUCUUCUUGUUUCCAUUUCUGUGCCAGUAAUAUUCUUGCUGCCGUUAUUGCAUAUAAAAACAAUUUACUAUUCUGUUUGUUAAUAUCCUCCCUCAAUGAUAAGCAUCCUAAGGAGCCCAAGGAGAAAAGGCCACAUUGCCUCCCCCCACUACUCCCCUGUACAAAGGUUCCCAGCCUUGCACAUGGGUGUAGCCAGGGGUUUUGUUAGGGGUGGCGGGACUUAUGUUAGGAGGGGCAGAACUGAUGUGAUUGGUCGGUUAGUUAAACAUUUCUCUUGUUUUACUUGAUGUGGGGAGGGGGGACUGCCCACCCCACCCCACCCGCUUGGCUGCACCCAUGCCCUUGCACAAUUACCGUAUUUUUCGCUCCAUAAGAUGCAGUUGACCAUAAGACGCACCUAGUUUUUAGAGGAGGAAAACAAGAAUUAAAAAAAUAUUCUGAACGAAACAGUGGAUGUAUGGUCUUUGUGGUUCAUGCUGUGGCCACAGACAUGAUUUGUGAUUUGACGGUGAGUUUGGGGUAGCCCAAUGCAAAAAUCCUGAGGAUCCAUGUGGAUCCGUGCUUUGCGCCAUUGCAGCCCCACACAACAGUGGGUGCGUGGUUUUUUUGGUGCAGGCUGUAGCCAUGGGCGUGCUAUGUGAUCUGAUCGUGAAUUUGGGGUGACCCAAUGCAAAAAUCCCGAGGAUCCAUGGGCUUUUACCUCCCGCCUCCCAGGCAGCCUCCUUUAUCUCUAGCGUCCCUUAUCUCCCUCCUGUUCGCUUGCCGAUCAGCUGCUAUCUUUCAACACCCCCUUCCCACUUGUUUGACUUAGUGUCUUUUCCUUAGCUGAAGCAGUUUUUUGCUCCUCCUUUUCUUCCAAUUUCUCUCCUCAUUGCUUGUUUUAGUAUUCCUGUGCCCUCUGCUUGCAACUUCGCUGUCUUUACCUCCCCCUCCCAGGCAGCCUCCUUUAUUUCUAGCGUCCCCUUACUUUUUAGGAGGAAAAAAGUGUGUCUUGUGGAGCAAAAAAUACGGUAAAUGUUUUUGGUCACAGAGGCUGGAGGUUUCCGGGAAUUAGGAGGGGGAAUUCUUGACAAAAGAGAGUCGUAUUUUGUUGCUCUACUUUGCCCAUCAGAGCCUUAAAGAGUUCUGUCAGCUUAGAAGCAAAGACUGACACUCAGCUCUGAGACACAACAUCAAACUGCAGAUAAUUGGGGGGCGGGCGGGGGGGGAGAUGCUUUAACCACUCUACUCUGCAGCCCUCUCUGAGCCAGGAAUCUAGGAGUCUGCUUUAAUCACCCUCUGCCCUUCCUCCUGAUCUCCAUCUACACGCAAACCUCUAAAGUUCAAAAUUCUCCUUUCUGAGCUGGGAACCUGCCACAGAGAACCUUGGUUCUUCAAAUAACUAGUUAGGAUGACAUUUGUCCCAAGCUUCACCUGAUUUCUGUGAAGCAGGCAGUGCCUCUGAACAUGUGCAGAGUGCUCCUUGGCAACCAGACCCUUGCACCUUAGCAUGGAGGGCAGCUAAGUGAGGGGGUGCAGCUUUCAGGCAAGUGUUAGCUGCUCUGCUCCCCUCUGUUUAUAAAACUCUUUAAACCCAUCAUCUCUGCCUCCCCCCCCCCCAAAUCUCCUCCAGCCUUGUCUCCUCUAAACAGCCCUAAAUGCAUUUCCUGCUGACGCGUCAAGCUGAAAAGAAAUCCAGAAGUUUGCGGGAAAGAGUUUUUGGAAUUUGCUGUCUUUAAAGAACCACUGGAGUGGAAAGCCAGUCAGGGGCUUUGAAGAGACAUUUAAUUGAAAUCUUUCUUAAUUAGCGUCUCAGCUGCCUGACUCAACCUGCCUCUGAGAUGAAUCAAAGAUCUGUCAUUUGGGCGCUUUUGGUAAGAACAGGCAACAGAUUACCGAGGAAAAGGCAGCUGUGUGCUAUGCUUCAUGUCUCAAAAGAUGCUGAAACACCAAGUGGAAGAUAAUACUUUCUGCCAUGGAAGCCCUUUCCGUCCAGACACUUUGAGAGCUAGCUGCAGAAAGUUACUCAGUGGGAAAGACACUCUGCACAAGCACAGGGGCACCCUUAUCUUUUUUCUUUACCUUUCCCUUGAGCAUAUGUAAAGUGCCUUUUCUUUUUCCAGUUAAAUUUUUCUUAAAUUUUCAAAAAAAAUUCACAUAUACACUCCAAUACAUAAUAAUUUUUUUUCUUUUGCUUUGUCAACUUCCUACCCCGUUCUCCAUGGUGUUUUUUAUUUCUGCCCCUUGCUGCACCCUAUCCUCUCUCUCUUAUCCCAUAAUAACAAUAUGGUAAUCUCUAAUUCCUUCUGCUGUUCAUAGUUCAAAUCCUGCUGGCGAAUUCAUCAUACUAUAGUAUUUCUUUAAACAGUCCGAAAAAGGCUUCCAUUAUUCUUCAACCAGACAAUCAUCAUUGGGUUCUCUUAUUUUAGCUGCCAAUUCUGCAUAAUCCAUCGCUUUAUUUAUCCAUUCUUCUUUGCUGGUAGCUACUUCUUCCUUGCCAACAAAGGUCUGUAUAGUAAAAGCUAUGGUUUUCCCAGUAGUGAUGUAUGGAAGUGAAAGCUGGACCAUAAAGAAGGCUGAUCGCCAAAGAAUUGAUGCUUUUGAAUUAUGGUGCUGGAGGAGACUCUUGAGAGUCCCAUGGACUGCAAGAAGAUCAAACCUCUCCAUUCUGAAGGAAAUCAGCCCUGAGUGCUCACUGGAAGGACAGAUCCUGAAGCUGAGGCUCCAAUACUUUGGCCACCUCAUGAGAAGAGAAGACUCCCUGGAAAAGACCCUGAUGUUGGGAAAGAUGGAGGACACAAGGCGAAGGGGACGACAGAGGACGAGAUGGCCGGACAGUGUUCUCGAAGCUACCAGCAUGAGUUUGACCAAACUACGGGAGGCAGUGGAAGACAGGAGUGCCUGGCGUGCUCUGGUCCAUGGGGUCACAAAGAGUCGGACAAGACUAAACGACUAAACACCAACAACUUCUUCCUUCCAUUUUUGUGCAUAGAGAAUUCUGGCUGCUGUUCUUUACAUACAUAAACAGCUGAAUCGUCUUUUUUUGGAACUUCUGUCCCUAUAGCUACUAAGAGAAUAGCUUCAAGUUUGGGGGAGGGUAUUAUCACUUUUUUAUCUCAUCAUAUAUCAUUUCCCCUAAUCCCCUCGCUUUCUUACAAGUCCACCACAUCAGAGUGCCUUUUCUUGACCACUGAGUAACCACUGCUUACACUAUUAUAUCUGGGAUCGGGAGAUGAGAGGUCUAUAUCAAGAGAUAUGGCUCUCAGGCAGAGUUGAUUCCAAAUACAGCACUUGUCUUGAUGUGCACUUGGUGUACAGCACAUUGGCUAAUCUCCCUGCGAACAAAUAAGAAUGAAUGUUGAAUAAACAGGUUGUCUGGAAGCAGCCCUGUUUUGCUUUUUCCUAGAACCUCAGUGUCCACCAGGUACAGCCAAGUGCGAAAUAGUGGCUUAGAGUGCGGAUAUACUUAGAAUUAAGGAAGAAGGCACCUCUGACUACAUCUUAGUACAGGUAUUUGUUUUGAGUUUUUGAGCUCACAUUCAUUUCCAUAUAAAAAUCCAUGCCUGAUUUUCCCUACCCCUUGCUUUGUUUCAGCAGCCUAAUUUAGUGAAUCGUUUUUAUUGAUUUUCCAAAUUUUACCAAAUCAGCCACAAAUUAAGACAAAUUGAAUUCAACUUUUCCAAAAUUUGCUUUCCCGCACUCCGUUCUUGGUGUGUCCAAAGUUUCCUCUUGCUUCUGCUUUAUUUUCUUAGUUGUUUCUAGCUCACAUUCCAUUUCUUACAGUUAACCUUAUAGUACAAUAGUUUUUGGGUUUUUUAAAAUUUAUUUAUCCUUAACCAUCAGCCAAUUCCUGCACAUACAAUAUUUCAACAUUUGCAAUAUCAGCCAGUUGCUAUUGUGAAACAACUGGGAAUCAUGAAUGCUUUAUGAGCUACCACAAAUCUCCUGAAAUCCUGGAUCUACCGUCUGCCAGAAAUUGGUGUUCAGAAUUUACAUCACUGGCAGACUUAAGGCCUGGGAGCCUCUCUAGAUCUAAGCAUUUUGUGUAAAACGCCUGGUUGUUUUGGUCAUACAGAACAGCAUGCAAAGGAGUGACAUUUGUUGUGUGAACGAGCUCUCUGGACAAAAGUAGGUUUUGCAUUUUCACAAACCACUUUGGCAAUCUGGUUUCGCUGCUGUGUUUUUGUCACGAUCUUGCCUGUGAUUCUGGGGCAAAUGAGAUGUUUCCCCCGCUGUUUCUUUUUCCAUCUUUAGCAAUCUCACGGCUGCCUGCCGUGUGUUGUCAUGUCACUGCUGUUGUAGGGAGAUCAUGGCCAUCAUAGGUGAGCAAGGACUCUGACCUUGUAGCUCGUCCAAGAGCAUUUGCUCUCUUCUCUCAUCAAGAACGCUCAAAGCUUCUGCCUAAUGGCUUUCUUUUGUUGCUUUGCCAGGGCACAGGGCACUUGGCAUGGGAGAUGUGAGAUGUUAAGGCCUGGCGUGAACCCCAUUCCCCCUCCCUCCUCCAGCCUUUCACACGCAUAUGCUCUGGCGAUGGCUAACCCUCUUGUAUAAAACCCCUUGCAGCCCACAGAAAGAAAUCUGUCUGAGUUUGCAGAGCCUGGAGGAGAAUCCUGAUCAUGGAAGGGCAACGGCUCUCAUCCUACGGAAGGCGUUUUGGCGCGCAGACUUCCUCCAUCCACCACGCCUUGAGGUUCUCCCCAGGGCGCAGGUACCUGUCUUCAGGCGCCGGCACUCGGCUCUCCGUCACCAAGCUGAAGACCUCCAGCCUCAGCUUCCGUGCUGGACCCAAGUUCUCCCCGGACAAGGUGGAUUUUUCCCUGGCCGAUGCCCUCAACACCGAAUUCAAGGAGACCCGCACCAACGAGAAGGUGGAGAUGAUGGAGCUGAACGACCGCUUUGCUAGCUACAUAGAGAAGGUCCGGUUCCUGGAGCAGCAGAACAAAGUCCUGGUGGCUGAGCUCAACCAAAUCCGAGACAAGGAGCCCACCAAGUUGGCCGACAUCUACCAGGAGGAGGUGAGGGAGCUCCGCCACCAGGUCGACCAGCUCACCAACUCCAAGGCCCGUCUGGAGAUCGAGAGAGACAACCUGCUGGAGGACCUCAACAAUCUCCGGCAAAAGUAAGGAAGGUCCAGGGUUUCUUUUCAAGUUUUGACUGGGCUGGGUGGGGUAAAAGGUAAAGGGACCCCUGACCAUUAGGUCCAGUCAUUGCCGACUCUGGGGUUGCGGCGCUCAUCUCGCUUUAUUGGCCAAGGGAGCCGGUGUACAGCUUCCAGGUCAUGUGGCCAGCAUGACUAAGCCACUUCUGGCAAACCAGAGCAGCGCACGGAAACGCCAUUUACCUUCCCGCCAGAACGGUACCUAUUUAUCUACUUGCACUUUUGACGUGCUUUCGAACUGCUAGGUUGGCAGGAACAGGGACCGAGCAACGGGAGCUCACCCCAUUGCGGGGAUUUGAACCGCUGACCUUCUGAUCAGCAAGUCCUAGGCUCUGUGGUUUAACCCACAGCGCCAGGGCUGGGUGGGGAGGCACCUGCAAAUAGGGAAUGAGGCAAGGAAGCAAUAUGCAGAAGCUUGGGGAACUGAGGAUUUGGAGGAGAUAUCUCAGGGACAUCCACGUUAUGCAUUUUAAACAUGUGGGAACAGGGAAUUUAUCCCUCACGGAGCUACAGUUACCAGCACACUUUACGAAUUCCAGUUACCAGGAUUCUUGGGGGGAUGGCAUGUCCUUUAAACACAUGGUGUGGAUGGGUCCUUUGUGAGUGGGCUUUGCACACUCAAGGUCUUACUGACUGCCUUGUUUGGCUUUGGAAUGGGAUUUUUUCCCAGCAGGUCAUAUUGGCAAAAGAGUUUUGGGAGAGGUACAUUGGCCUUCCUUUGUGGCACAUGGCUAGGCUUGGUUGCUUGACCCAUCUGGAGCAGGGAGUGUCAGAUUGUGCAUCUGGGGGUCCCUGGGGUUCCUCAGAUGAUUAUUAGUUUUCCAUUAAAAAACUGGUCAUGGGAGAUGAACUUCCCUUGGUGACAGCUUGCAGUCUUCCCUUCCAAGCCAGAGCUGCAGGGGAGUGGCAUAUAAUCUAUAGCACAUUCUCUAUUAACAGAAAAAUAUAAUGAGGCCCAAGCAUAGGAGCCAACGCCUAGGUGCCAAGGUCCCUUCGUCUUCCCCCAGUAAAAUAUUUGGGGUGGCAGGGCCUUCCCCAAGUUGAUGGGCAUUGCCAUUCAAUUGGUGUGUGUGCUCUGCAUCUUGUGAUUGAUUCUGUGGGGUGGGGCUUACCUGGGGCCACCAAUAUUUCAUUCAAGUUGGCUCCCUUGGGCCCAAGAGGUCUGGCCAGUAUCCCAUGUGAACGUGGAAAGUUUCCGUGAAGGCAGGAAGCCUGAAAACUGAAAAACUAUUGUUAUUUCUUCUAUGGGCAUUUGUUAAUGAUCUGCCAGCUCUUUGAUUGCGGACUAGGUUCGCUUCCAGGGCUAGCCCUUUAGGUAAGGCAAAUCCCUUGCCUCAGGCAGCAGACCAGGAGAGGCAACCUCUAACUACCUGCCAGUCCACUGCAAAUUACCAUAAGCCUGUCGGUUGUGUGGCAUAGCCUCUAGGAGCACUCCUAAAGUAAUCUCUGCCGUGCCAGUAGUAAGUUGUGUGAAGCGCUAAACAGUAUUUGCCACUGCCCCCUUUCCAGGGUUUUGGCAGAUCAACUCCACCCCCAUGCUUCCUCCAUGAGAUAUUGUAAGGAAAGAUGGCCACAGAGUAAGGUUACCAGAUUUUUUUCAAAGAAUCCGAGGACACUUUUCCUUUUUUUUUGAAGAGAGAAAAAAAAAGUUAUUAAAAAAAAGUAGUAAUAUCUUGUCUUCUGUGGUCUCCUCUGUCGCGCAGCCUUCCUCUGGGCCCCAGCCUGCUCUCUUUGAGCACUAGCCACCAUGGAGUAGGCUCGGGUCAGGCCUGGGCUCGGCCACAUGUCCUUGCCCUCCCAGUGCUCUCCUACCCGUCCUCCUUAGUGGUGGCACCAGCAGUGGCGCGGCAAGGUUGGGGCUCCCCUCUUUUUUUCUCCUUCGUCUUUCUCUCUAUUCCUUCUCCUUCUCCUUCUCCCUGCAUCGGCUCCAGGGCUUUCCUGGCCCCAGAGCGCCUCUGGGCAGUCAGCUGGGUGACUGGGCGCUCUCGCUCCUGGCUUGAUUUGGGUCAUGGGAGGGGGUCAGCGGUUCCCCCAGUUGACGUGCCAGGCGUCCCCAGUUCCCCCUCAGCAGUGGCAGCAGCAGUCUUAGCAGCCCAGUGCCAACCCGGUAGCGCUGUUGGCCCUGGCUGGCUUCAGGAGCUGCUCGCUGCUGUGGUGUCCGCCAUUUUGCCUCGCUGGAAGUCCCCAUAUGACGUAUCUUGUGCCGUUGAACCAAUCACGCAACAUUCAUUCCCUACUAAUAAAUCUACAACACUUAAAAUAUAAAUCUGGGGACAUUAAAUGAAAUCCGGGGACGGAUUUUGUCCGGGGACAGAUUUGUUAAUCCGGGAACUGUCCCUGGGAAAUGGGGAUGUCUGGUAACCAUACCACAGAGGGUCUGGAAUGCCUGGAAUGCCACUGCUAAUGUAACAGCAAAAAUGACCACAAACACAAAUAAUUUUUUUAAUGACCUCAGAGGAGCAGUGCUGGCUGGUGCCCGUUGAGGCUGGUAGGGUGGAAGGCAGGGAGCCCAACAGUAGGUGGUGCUAGAGAGCCAAUGACAUCCAAGUUUUGUCCCCAUCCUCUUCCCUGCUGAGUUCUUCAAGGGCAAAACUGAGACAGAGGAGGAGGAAUCAGAUAUCCAGAGCCACCCUCUGGACUGGAUGUAAACACAAAGGCAGGUGGGCUUCCAGGAAUCAAGAUGGAGGUUGAUGGGGCAGUGCCCCAUAUGCCAUAAUGGAGCAGCCUCCACAGUGGAGGAGGUAGGGGCAGCAACAGCACCAGGUGCCUCUAACAGAUUAAUGUUUUGUGCUAGCAUCUGGUCCUGGGAGGGUGGUUCAUCCCAACAGCUGUUGGCCAUGGGAUUGGAUAGACCAGAGUCAUAGAACUAGAAGAGAUCACCUACUAGUCCAAUCCCCUGCUUAGCGGAUGAUUGACAACACAGCAUCCCUGACUGAUGCCUGUGCAACCUCCCCUUAAAACUGCAGCCCAGGAGAGUCCUUCCUAAUCUCUUAUUCUUUAGAGCAAAUGUAGAGACCUCCAGAAGUUGCUGAACUACAUCAUUCCUGGCCAUGUUUGCUGGGGCUGAUGGGGGUUGAACCUCAGCAACGUCGGGAGGGGUUCCCACACCCAGUGCUUUUUUCCCCUGGAGGUACUCAAAGUUACCCAAUACCGGCACCUCCUUUUUCUAGCAGAGAAGCACUGGUUAAAUGUGUGGCACUUACUGUAGCAACUUCAUGGCAAGCUUGGCUCUGCGACCGUGGGUGCCAUGCAGUGUGCAUGGCCCUGGCACGGAAAUUUGUGGGUGCCCAGUCCCUUCAUGGAGAAUUUUGUGGGUGCUCAGGCACCCAAGGCCCCAGGGAAUUGGCAUCUAUGUUUCAUGGUAAGUACUGUCACCGUUUCCCCCCGGAAGAAAAGCACUGCCAACAUCUGCUUUAGAAGACCUCCCUGAGACGAACAGUUACCAAUGUGAGAAAAUCUGAAUUUAGCAACAAGGAGGCACAGAUCCAUCCAUUUGGGUGGACAUUGAGACAUGCGCACACCAGCUUGAUCAAAUGCGAUCCCCGGGAACUCUCAUUCAAGGUUGAAAAUUAGGGGUUUGCUGUGUGACAGACAAUUUUAAAAAGCAGGUGAGGCAGGAGUUGCAGGCCAGCUAGCCACUGGUCUGGUUGCCUGUGGUAAGAAAUCAACUCUAUACAAUUAACAGGAAAGGUUUCCAAAAGUUGCAUAUUUUAUUGUUUGAGGCCACAAGUGAGUAACACAAAGAUGUGGGCCAAUAAAUAUGGUUAUGGGUUAGUAUAGUGUUUAUGGGCUUAACUGCAGGUGGAACAUCUAAUAGCUCCUGGGGAGAUGGAGAGAUGAAUUCUUCCUUGCAGCAUAGGAAGGAUCAAGUAACAUUACCUCUUACUUAGCAUCCAAGCUACGGACCUGUGACAUAGCCAGCCCCAAAGCUUUUCCACCAAUAUCCUCUCUCCAUUUAAUAGCACUAAAGCACUCAGGUGCAGAGCUGGCAACCAGCGCUAGUGUUCCAAUAACAGCGCAGGCCCAGGGUAGCCGAGACUUCUAGAUUUUGUUGGACUCCAGCUACUAUGAGCUCCAGCUGGUAUAGUGUAUUCCUAACAAGAUCAGCAAAUAAAACUGCCAAUAUCAUAAUACUGUUGUGCAAAUCGAUCAUGUGGUUGUGUGUACAGUCCGGGUUGCCACGCCUUAAAAAGGAGAUUGUAGAUUUUACAUAGUUUGGAGAACGUGGAUAGAGAGAAGUUCUCCUCCGUUUCUCAUGACGCUAGAUCCCACGGUCAUCCGAUGAACUGGCUGUUAGAAGAUUCAGGAGAGACUGAAGGAAAUGUCUUUCCAUGCAGUGGUGGUCACCAACUUGGAAGGUUUUAAAUGGGGGUACAGACAAAUUCAUGGAGGAUUAGGCUUUCAGCGGCUACUAGAGAUGGCCACGCUUUGCCGCCGCUGUCAGAGACAGUAUGUGCCUCUGAAUACCAGUUUCUGGGAAUCUGAAAUGGGGAGAUGUCAGGGACCGGACUGAAGAGGAGGAGGAAUGGUGGAGAUCACCCACCCCCUUCUCCUGUAGCUGCCAGAGAAGAGAGAGGCAGUAUUGAAUUACAGCAGAACUAUGAGGGAGAUAACAGCUCAGAGACAAGUGAACGGCAGAGUUAUGAGGUGUUAGGCGAAGGGGGGGCAGUGCAACCAGUCAACACGUCAUCAGAGUCGUCUUACCCAUAAAGGCGAGUGGUGUGGGGUGCCAGGGAGGCAAGUUCUGGAGGGCACCAGGGAAGAGGUGGUGGCUGGACGUGGUGCCUCCCGGCACCAGCUCGCCGCCCUCGCCCGCCUCCACCAUGCCACGCUGAAGCAGCGCCACACCCGGAGCCUCCACCUGCCAUGGCCACAACGGCACGAAGCAGCCAGCUGAGCCGGGAGCCGCCGCGUCCAGCCUCUGCUUCUUCCCCGCCGGAGGAGCUGCCCUCCAGCCGCUGCCCGCCUCCUCCAGCCCCACAAAGCUGGGUGCAUCACUGGCAGCACCAUCCUCCCUAAAAAAGGUUGGCAACGCAGGGCGGGGGCGCCAGAGGGAUCUUUGCACUACGGCGCCGGAUAUGCUUAAGAUGGCCCUGCAUGUCAUUAGACAGCAUAGAUGAUCCACCGUCCCCUACAACGCAGCUUUCGUUAAGAGUGCAAGAGCAACGGACGCAGAAACAUUUGACCACCGGGGGCCACCGUAGGGCCAGAUGCUGUUGCUAGAGAGAGAAGUUGGAGGGGCUCAGAGUGAACAACUCCAUCAUGGAAGAAUGACUGGAUUCUUUGUCUUCUACCGUGAUCACUGAAUAAAUAAAUCUUGUUUCCUCCCUGCUUCUUUAAACCAUCGGAGGAGGGAGAGAAUUCCUCAAGCCUGACAGGAGAGUGUUGUUGUACUCCUGCUGGUUGGCUCCCCAAGGGCGGUUGGCCCCCAGGAGAACAGAGUGUUGGCCCUUUAAUCUGAUCCUGCAGGACUCUGUUCUUAUGCUAAUAUUAUCCCUUCUUUUGUUAUUGUUAUUUUGUUGUAUUAAUUGCAUGCAAAGCCUGAAGGGUUCAAAAACUUGCAAUUAAACGGCGCAGAAUUAGAAAAGGUCUGAGGGCCUCGUGCAGGCUUUGACCUUGACAUAUUUCUUUCCCUUGGUUUCAGCCCCUUGCAGAAGGGAACCGAUAAUUCAGCACAGAUUCCUGAUUUUCCCAUCUCUCUCUCUCUCUCUCAUUUAAGGUUACAGGACGAGAUUAAUCAGCGCCUUGAAGCUGAGAACAAUUUGUCUUCCUACCGACAGGUGAGGCGGAAAAAAUGACGAAUCCCAUCCUGGAACUAUGGGCAGAGAAUGCAAGAUGGCCUUGUAGCUUGUAACUGAUCUGAAGUAGUUUCCUCCUUGCUACAUCAUGUGCAUGCAUGUAUGUGUCUCGUGGAACGGCUGUAGUUGGGCCAUCUGUAGCACAUGCCAGGGCAACCCACUUAUUAUUAUUAUUAUUAUUAAUAAUAAUAAUAAUAAUAAUAAUAAUUUAUUAUUUAUACCCCGCCCAUCUGGCUGAGUUUCCCCAGCCACUCUGGGCGGCUCCCAAUCAAGUAUUAAAAACAAUACAGCAUUAAAUAUUAAAAACUUCCCUUCAGAUGUCUUUUAAGGAUUGGAUAGCUACUUAUUUCCUUCACAUCUGAAGGGAGGGUAUUCCACAGGGUGGGCGCCCCUACCGAGAAGGCCCUCUGUCUGGUUCCCUGUAACCUCACUUCUCGCAAUGAGGGAACCACCAGAAGGCCCUCGGUGCUGGAUCUCAGUGUCCAGGCUCAACGAUGGGGGUAUACAGGACCGAGGCCGUUUAGGGCUUUAAAGGUCAGCACCAGCACUUUGAAUUGUGCUCGGAAACGUACUGGGAGCCAAUGCAGAUCUCUCAGAACCGGUGUUAUGUGGUCCCAGCGGCCGCUCCCAGUCACCAGUCUAGCUACCGCAUUCUGAUUAGUUGCAGUUUCCGGGUCACCUUCAAAGGUAGCCCCACGUAAAGUGCAUUGCAGGGGCGAGAGAGCAUGCAAGAGGUCCCAUUUUCCUCCCUGUACAUGACCGUAAGGGCCAAAACAGAUAAAAUGUCCCUCAUUCUCCCCUCUCAUUUCUUAGGACGUUGAUGAUGCUGCGUUGGCCCGGAUAGACCUGGAACGUAAAAUUGAAUCACUUCAAGAGGAGAUCAACUUCCUAAAGAAGAUCCACGAGGAGGUAUGGAGUACAGGGCCGCCAAGCUGAAGCUCCUCCAUCUUGAAAGGCAGUUGGGGUAACAGGCCGGAUUGAAGGCCCAGAUCCACAGCGUGGCUUGUGCUCUGUUUUCCCUUUAACGCCUGCCAAAAAACAACAACCAGCCAUGUUUCCUGCGAGAGGGAGAGAGACAUACUGAAAACUGGUUAUUCAGUCCCAUUGCUGGGAAAGCCAACUGACUCUUCUCUUCAUCUGGCUCAGAGGCUCUGGGUUCUUAACUGCAUUUUUGUGAGGCUCGUUUUUAAUGGUGUUUCUCAUUUUCAUUGUAUGUUAACAGGACUGAAUUUCACUUUAUGGGCCAUUCAGGUUGAAAUGCAGCUUGCAAAUUUUAACACAAGCAAGCAAACAAACCUAGACCUUUGAUCCUGGAGAUGUUAUAUUUCCCAUGUAUUCCUAAAGGUGUCCAGGUUUCCUACUAUGGCACAUCUUCCCUCCACACACAAAGGAGGCAAAAACAUGUCCACUCGAUCUAAACAAUGAGCACGGAGUGCCCGGCACUGCUUAGGAUCAUAAGAAGCCAGCAGCAACCCUCGCUGACCAUCAGUGCAGCCUUCAAAGGCUCACUCCACCAUCUUGAUUCAAAAUGGCAUCCAACAAUAUCCUAACAUAGACAAAAUCCUGUUCCCUGAUCUCAGGAACCAUUGUGCCAAAGUUAGUUAGCUUGUCCGAAGGGAUCACUGCAGUCUUGAAAGACUGAGUCUGCCAUUUUGUUUCAAAAUGGUGCCCAGUGGUAUCCAAAGAGUUUAGCAGCUGACUUCCUUCUGCCCCCCUUGGCAAUGAAUAGACCACACACUGAUAAGUAAGUUUAAAAUUGCUUUACUUACAGUUUCUAGGUCUCAGUCAUGCAUUGUCUUAUGUAGAAAUAAUAGAUAACACAGACAACAUAUUAUUGGGUAGAAAUACAGAAAAGUAGCUUCAGACACAUGUCUGAAGUUGGGAGCUAUCAUAAGGCACAUUCUGUCUCCAUGACUUGCAUCCUGAAGAAGAGAGUGAGGAAAGGAAGAGAAGAAACACAUCACCUCCAGAGCUUUCCCCACAAAAACUCACUCUUUAAAGCUGAAUCGAAGCAAAUGCCUAUUCAGGGUUUCUGCAGAUUACCAUUUGCUCCGAUUCAGCUUUAAAGAGCAGUUUUUCGCAGGCAAAUCUCUGGGUCAAGGAAAAGGGCACUUGGACAUGGAGCUCAGACCGUGCCUGGAAAGCGCAGAGGAAAGGUAAGUGUGGAUAAGUCCUACAUUUGUGAAUUUGCCCUGAUUUGUUCCCCAAAGUCUUAAUUGGUCCAGUUUUUGGGAAACCCUGCCCUGUGUAUGAGGUUUCUGGAUUCAUGACUCUUCUGUCCCCUUCUCAGGAGCUUCGGGAGCUGCAGGAGCAGCUGCAGCAGCAACAGGUCCACAUCGAGAUGGACAUGGCUAAGCCGGACUUGACAUCUGCCUUGCGCGAGAUCCGCAUCCAGUACGAGUCCAUGGCCUCAAACAACAUGCAUGAGACUGAGGAAUGGUACAAGUCUAAGGUACGGAACCAGGGUGGAGGCCAGCCCAAGGGAAAGUGAAAGAUCAAGGAUUCCCAGUCCAGCACAGCUUUGACUAGCAUUCCAGUUGAAUGGGGCUGUCACUCAGAUUGCCCAUUCUAGACGAACAGGGCCUUGCACCAUUGAGAUGCUUUGGAAGGUGACAGUAAGAGAUGGGAGGGAUGUUGUAGAUGAGACUUCUGAUUGCAUGCAUGGCUAGUGACAGCUUUCAGUGCUUGAAGCACAGGAUGCAUGUGUAACUCUGGUCUUUUUCUUCACUGUUCAAUAUUAAUCAUGUGUAUUUUUAAAAUUUAAUGACAUUUCUCGCCCAUACCAGCAAUGGUUGCUCCAAACACCUGUGAUAACAGGUGCCUUUUCUCUGAGAUACUUCCCAUUUUGAGUUCACUUUGGGUUCUUCCAUUUGGUGGAGAAACCAUAGACUUCCUUAUCGCCUGAAAAUUCAAGCACAAUUGCCCUGUCAGGAAGGGAAGUGAAGGGUUUGAAGGUCACAGUGGUGAUCAGGUAUAAGCUCUGGCGACACAACCUUUUCAACCAGGGGUUGAUAACCGCCAGCUUGGGGGCCUAAUCCAGUCCCUCUCAAAAAAACAAAAAAGCCUUCUCCUCAAGACCUUACUGAUCUUGGCGCAGCAGCAAAAUGGGGGGGACAUUAAAGUAGAUAACAGUAUCAAUAAACACAUUUGUAAAGUUGGGCUAUUGGUCAGAAGCAGUAAUUUAGCUGUAGUCAGUACUAUUUUUCUAAAAAAAAGAGGUGUCAGAACUGAGCAUGAACACCUCCCUUGUUCUCUUAGGAUGGCAAUGGUGCCCACCUGAGAGGUGCCAGAACUGAGUUCAGCGGCAGAGCAAUCCGAUUGGGCGCCUGGGGCAGCGCAUGCCCUGCGCCCAGGGGCGGAGCCAGCCGCUUGUGGAGGUGGGGCCAUCCAUCCAUGGGAGCGGGACCAGCCGCCCGUCGGGUGGGGCCAGCUAGGGCAGGACACUCCAUGGGUCCUCCAAGAAGUUUGCCUGCCUCCUCCCACUCAGCCACCCUACAGCUGAGGGGGAGGCAGCGGGCGGACCAUCUGGGGCAGCGCAGAGCCUGCAGGCACCCAAACCACCACGUCACUCCAGGGAGAGGCGUGUGGCUCGGGCGCACUGCAGGCCCUGCGGUGAGUGCCGCCUGGCAUUUUGUCACCCCCUCAGUGGUGACACCCGGGGUGGCCCACACCCACCACACACCCCUUCCUCCACCCCUGAGUUCCAGCAAUUCCGGCUGGAAAAAAGGCCCUGGAUACAGUACUGGGGGGGGAAUAGCGCACUGAUGUGGGCGCAAACUGCGCAAACGUGAUUGAUCAUGGAUGAGCAGAGAGGGGGCAAUAACAGCCCGGCCACCCCCAUAGCUGAUCUGCCCAAUGCGAGUGAAUGUGUUCCUUGAGCCACGGAACAGAACGUUAAUCUGACUUCCGCCUGGUAGUUUGCAGACCUGACCGAUGCAGCGGCACGAAACAUCGAGGCCCUGCGUCUCGCCAAGCAAGAAGCCAACGAGUACCGCCGGCAGCUGCAGUCCCUCACCUGUGACCUGGAGUCCCUGAGGGGAUCGGUAGGUGGAGCUGAUGUGGAAAUUUGGAGAAGGGAGUUUAAGAUUGGGGAAAUGAGAAAUGGAGAGAAACCGGAAUCGACAGGUUCAUCCGUCUCUGGCUCCCGGCUAAGCCCAAUGGAGAGGGCCUCACCUCUCCCUCCGCCACAGUCAAAUGGAAUUGGCCAACGAUGGAAUUGGUUCUAGGAGGCGAGGAGACAAAUGGCAGCUGGUCCCAGCUGAGCCGGUGGAGGAGGCCUGGCUCUCUCACCUCACUGUCUGAUGCAACCAGUUGGAAUAGAUAACCUUUCCCUCCCCCCUCUCCUGUCCCACAUGACUGACCCUGCCCACAGAAACCACUCCAUGAAAAUUCACCAGCAUUUUGCUGCAAAUUUCUCAUAAGGUACACCUUUUUAGAUGCUAAUAGGAUGUUCCCCCCAAUACCUCCCUUUUUGCACAGCUAUUCUCCCUAACUGGGACACGGGUAGUGCUGCGGGUUAAACCACAGAGCCUAGGACUUGCCGAUCAGAAGGUCGGCAGUUCGAAUCCCCGUGACGGGGUGAGCUCCCGUUGCUCGGUCCCUGCUCCUGCCAACCUAGCAGAUCGAAAGCACAAAGUGCAAGUAGAUAGAUAGGUACUGCUCCAGCAGGAAGGUAAACGGCGUUUCCGUGCGCUGCUCUGGUUCGCCAGAAGUGGCUUAGUCAUGCUGGCCACAUGACCUGGAAGCUGUACGCCGGCUCCCUCGGCCAAUAAAGCGAGAUGAGCGCCGCAACCCCAGAGUCGUCCGUGACUGGACCUAAUGGUCAGGGGUCCCUUUACCCUUUACCUUUUUCUUCUCCCUAAUAUAAUGCAAUUUGGUAUAUUAUUUUCAUUCACAUAUGCAUCUGUACACACACUUUACUCUUACAUUAUUUUUGCCUGUGUUACUUGGCUGGAGAAUGGUGUUGCAAAAUUCAGAUAGUUAGUUUUUUCCCCAUUUUGAUAUGCAUUUUAUUUUUUUGAAAAAUCACAAUUUGGUUAAGUUUGCCUCUAAGUGCAAAUUGAAUCAAAUGUCUCCCCAAUCCCUAACUGGGGUAAGCUGCUAUUGGGUAUUCCUCUUCCAGCAUUGUCUCCUAAGUAGAAAGCGAUUGUUCCACCUAGUCCUUAUGUAAUGCCAUUAUGCAAUAAUAUGAAAGGGUUGGCUUGUUCCUGAGUGUGCCUCGUCUCCUCUUCCUUCCCUGUAAUAAUAAUAAUAAUAAUAAUAAUAAUAAUAAUACUUAUAAUUAUUUAUUUAUACCCCUCCCAUCUGGCUGGGUUUCCCCAGUCACUCUGGGUGGCUCCCAACAGAAUAAUAAUAAUAAUAAUAGCGAUAAAACAUCAAACAUUAAAAACUUCCCUAAACAGGGUUGCCUUUAGAUGUCCUCAAAAAGUCAUAUAGUUGUUUAUUUCCAUGACUUCUGAUGGGAGGGCGUUCAGCAGGGCAGGUGCCACUACCAAGAAGGCCCUCUGCCUGGUUCCCUGCAACCUCACUUCUCACAAUGAGGGAACCGCCAGAAGGCCCCGAUGCUGGAUGUCAGUGUCUGGGCUGAAUGAUGGGGGUGGAGACGCUCCUUCAGGUCUACUGGGCCGAGGCUGUUUAGGGCUUUAAAGGUCAGCACCAACACUUUGAAUUGUGCUCGGAAACAUACUGAGAGCCAAUGUAGGUCUUUCAGGACCGGUGUUAUAUGGUCUCAGCGGCUGCUCCCAGUCACCAGUCUAGCGGCCGCAUUCUGGAUUAGUUGUAGUUUCUGGGUCACCUUCAAAGGUAGCCCCAUAUAGAGCGCUGUUCCUCAUUGCUUAUGCCUCUUUGGCUUGUGAACCAUUAUUGGUCAACUGCAAACUGCCUUGAGUGCUUUGGCAGAAAGGCAGGAUCUGAAUGUAGUUCAUAAGGGAAAUGAGCGAAAGGUAUAUAUUCUCAGAAUGUAUGUCACUUUCAGCCUCCAAGCUGGGUCCAACAUGGAUGUUGCUGACAUGGCUUAUAACCUCCCCACGUCAGCUGUGGGCUCAGGAUGUCCCUUCCCCUUUGCAGGUUAGUAACAGACCACUUGUUUUGUUGCAUUCGCCGGUGACGCUUCCCUUGUCCUCAUUACAGAACGAAUCUCUGGAGAGGCAGCUGAGGGAGAUGGAAGACCGCUAUGCCCUCGACACUGCCGCCUACCAGGACACAGUGAUUCGGCUGGAGGAAGACACCCGCAGCCUCAAGGAGGAAAUGGCUCGUCACCUCCAGGAAUAUCAGGACCUCCUCAAUGUCAAACUGGCUUUAGAUAUUGAGAUUGCCACCUACCGCAAACUCUUGGAGGGGGAGGAAAGCAGGUAGGACCCAGAAACUCCCAUAGCCAUAGUGUUGUGACAUAUUUUACAAGGAAUUGCUGGGGAGCCUGUCAGAGCAAUACAAAGCUCCUUAAAAGCCCUGCAUGUUAGGCUUGUUCUACAUAUAUGCAGCCAAAUGAGGGGGCUGAGUCUUGGCGGUGAAAUGGACCGUACCACUUCACACUACAGGUAGGGGGUCCCAUUUUAAAGGUUAGCACAAGUAGGGAAUCAGCACAGUGGGAAAGUGGGCUGGGCUGUGAACACUUACAAAUGGCAAGUCCCAACCAUAGUCUAAAGUGGUACAGUCAUACCUGGAGUUGAAUGUGCUUCAGGUUGAGCGCUUUUGGGUUGCGCUCCGCUGCAACCCGGAAGUAACAGAGUGUGUUACUUCCGGAUUUUGCCGCUCGCACAUGCGCAGACACUCAAAAUGAUGUCACACGCAUGCAUGGAAGCGGCAAAGCAUGACCCGCAGACGCGCCGUCGCGUCUUAUGUUCCAUUCAGGAUGCGAAUGGGGCUCCAGAACGGAUCCCAUUCGCAUCCCGAGGUACCACUGUAUAGUCGCCUCUUAUUGUCUUAGGAGUUUUCCAGUUCAUUCUGCUUCAAGGAGAGACCAGGCCUCCCUCUAAACUUGGAUGGGUCUCAUAAGGGUAAUUUGGAAAAAAUGAGCCUCCAAGUCAACUUGUUGCUAGUCAGACAAUGGGGUGAGCUCCUGUUGCUCUGUCCCAGCUUCUGCCAACCUAGCAGUUCGAAAGCACACCAGUGCAAGCAGAUAAAUAGGUACUGCUGUGGUGGGAAGGUAAACGGCGUUUCCGUGCGCUCUGGUUUCCGUCAUAGUGUUCUGUUGCACUAGAAGCGGUUUAGUCAUGCUGGCCACAUGACCCGGAUAGCUGUCUGUGGACAAACACUGCCUUCCUCAGCCUGAAAGCGAGAUGAGCGCCACAACCCCAUAGUCACCUUUGACUGGACUUAACUGUCCAGGGGUCCCUUUACCUUUUUACCUAGUCAGGCUCUCUGGUUUAAUAUUGGAAAUAUUACCACGUACUGUUGCUUUGAACCUGAUCUUCCAGGGCACCAAGCAUUCCUUGAUCUAAUGUGUCACUGUGUAGGUUCUAUAUCCAGGAUCCACUAUGCUAAAACCCUCCAGUAGACCCGGGGAUGACUCGUACCAAAUAGCAUUUGAAUAUGACCAAGCGAUUCCUGUCAAACCUCUGUUUGGUGUUGUCCUUAAGUCAGAAAAAACUGUUGUUCUUUUCCGCCUCAAGGCAUUUUGGACUACAGUGGUACCUCGGGUUACAUAUGCUUCAGGUUACAUACGCUUCAGGUUACAGACUCCGCUAACCCAGAAAUAGUGCUUCAGGUUAAGAACUUUGCUUCAGGAUGAGAACAGAAAUUGUGUUUCGGCGGCGCAGCAGCAGCGGGAGGCCCCAUUAGCUAAAGUGGUGCUUCAGGUUAAGAACAGUUUCAGGUUAAGUACGGACCUCUGGAACGAAUUAAGUACUUAGCCAGAGGUACCACUGUACUGCUCCCAUCAUCCGUGACCAUUGGCCAGGAUGGCUGUCGCUGAUGGGAGUGGUAGUCCAAAACAAGCUGGGGAAGGGUGUUGUUUGCCAUGUUACUUCUGCCGGAUCAGCCAUUUUGUGAGAUGUGUGCUUCUCACCUGAGCUCCUUUGGCUCUGCUGCUUACCCAGUACAAAACCUGGAAUUAAUUAAUUAAAGAUGCAAGGUUGGGGAAGGAUUGAGAGAAUUAGGACCGAUCAGGGGCAGCUCACCCUGAUUCGCCACCUGGCAAAACAGGGAAGUGGUGCCCUGCACUCGUCACCAAAGCCACCCUCAUCUGAGUUGUGCAGCAGCGCCCGCAGAGCAGCAACAGUGACAGCGGGUUCUUGUGAGAUCUCUUGAGAUCUCAUGGAGCUCUUGCAGGAUCAAAUGGAGCACAUGAGAUCUCUUCCGAUUUUGGCAAAGUCUUGCGAGAUCUCAGCAGCUACUGCUGCCUCCUCUUGCAGUUCCACUGCCUGAGGCUGCGACCUUAGCCUGCCUCAUGGGUGGGCUGGCCCUGAGACUGAUUUGAAAACCCACUCCCUUUUCCUUUUCUUCCUUGUGUCUUUGCAGGAUUACCAUUCCAGUGCAGACCUUCUCCAACCUUCAGAUCCGAGGUAAGGAACCCAUUCUGUCAUGAGGAUGGCUGUUGCCAUGUGACCACACACAAAUGAGGCAGCAACUGUACGUGGGCUGUCCCGUGAAUCCACUGGAUGAAAUAGCGGAAGAACGUUGCCUCAGGAGAGUGAGGAAAAUUCUCAGGGAUGAUUCACACCCUGGCUGGCACUUUCUUGAUCUCCUGCCCUCAGGCAGAAGAUAUAGAAGCAUGAUUAGUCGCACCAACAGGGUAAAGAACAGCUUCUAUCCAUGCGCUGUUAGGCUGCUGAAUGAAAAGAUAACAACAGGGCAACUGACUUUCGGGUUUGGUGGGUGUGCGUCAGUAAACGAGGGGAAUUGAGACUAAGAGAGCUGAGUAGGGGGUGCUCAUGUAAUCUCACUGUUUACAAGUUGUACAAGUGACAAUAAAGUAUUUCAAUUUCAAUUAUAGUGUGAACCACUAAGUGUGGCAGGCUGUGUGGCAGCAGAGCAGGUGGGGCAGGUGGUGGCAGUGGCAAGUAUGAUAGUGGCAGCAGGGCAGGGGAGAGAGGCUGUAUUCCAAACCUCUGGCUCCUAUCUAUUUUACUAUUUAUCUUUGAAAACCAGUGGUGCCAUUGGAGGGAUGACUUGGGGGGCAGAAGAGCUAGGAUCCCACUCAAUGGAAUGAGCAGGAGGGACCCCAAACUCAGUAGGAUUACCACAUUUUGAGUAUAGCAAUACAUAUUGCCAUCUAAAAGCUCCCCACCCCUAUAAGAACAUGCAAGUUCAGAGUCUAAAAUUAUCCAACUGCACUGCAGAGAGAAGGCUCUUUGCCUCUCCUUUUUCAAUACAGGAAGGGAGGGAGCGUGGGUUUCUAAUCCUAGUACCCAAUGAAAUGCAGAUAUCUGUAAGGUGGGGCAUGUGCAAUCUAGGAGAGGCUGCAAAGAGGAGCUGAGCAGGAAAAGCAAACAGUUUCCCUACGCACUGCAGUUUUUCGAUGGGGUAUUUACUGACGCCUCUUGUGUGCUCUGUAGGAGAUACAGGCAAAUGUAGCUGCUGCGUUGGGGACCCCUGGAUUAAAACAGCUUCCUAUAUGCCAAAAAACCUUCCUAAAACUGAAGUCUUUGGAAAUUAAUUGGGAUCCAAUGAAGGCGUUUCCUACACUCCUGUCCUCCUGAUAUCCAUCUCUCAUCAGCAAGGCUUGUUUCAAGGCCAUGGCUAAUACUAGCUUCGAACUAGGAACUUCCCAGCUCACUCUUUGACUGAUGUUCUGUGCCUCUUUACUUGUCUUGGGGAACAAGUCCCAUUGGGAACAAUAGUAAAGCUAAAGGACCCCUGGAUGGUUAAGUCCAGUCAAAGGUGACUAUGGGGUUGUGGCACUCAACUCGCUUUUCAGGCCGAGGGAGCCGGUGUUUGUCCACAGACAGCUUCCCAGGUCAUGUGGCCAGCAGGACUAAACUGCUUCUGGCACAACGGGACACCGUGACAGAAACCAGAGAGCGUGGAAACGCCUUUACCUUCCUGCCGCGGUGGUACCUAUUUAUCUACUUGCACUGGCGUACUUUCGAACUGCUAGGCUGGCAGAAGCUGGGACUGAGCAAUGGGAGCUCACUCCGUUGCAGGGAUUCAAACCGCCGACCUUCUGAUCGGCAAGCCCAAGAGGCUCAGUGGUUUAGACCACAGCGCCACCCGCGUCCCUGUUUAUAAUAGUACUUAACUCCAGUAAACACAACUAGGGGUGCGUUGUUAGACGCCACAGCAGUUCUCUUCUGCGCCAGCUGCUACUAGAUUCCAUUUCAUUGCACACCUCUGUUCCACUUUGAUUCUUUUUGUGAUCACUUUGGUUGUUCUUGUUGCCAUAUGGGAGGCUGCUUGAAAAACCUUUGAAAGGAAAACUCCUUAAAGAGGAAUUUGUAUGUUACUGCAUGUUACUGAGAUGUUUGUCGGUCAAGGUCAAGGUGCUACAAUUUAGGAUCACUUAGAUCUAGUGAUGGCUCCCUACUACCUAGCAAGUUCUCCCCGCCCCCCUUUCCUUGACUCUGGUUGCCCUUCACUGCAGCUGCAUCAGAGUGAAGAAGGAGCUGAGUUUUAGUUCACCAUUCUAUACCGUUCUCUCUCACACACAUUCUCCCAGAUCCUCAGCAUUUCCUUCUGUUUCUUUCCUUGUGGUCUCGCGGGCCAGCUCAAAGUCUAUCACAGAUGAACAGUGUGUGCUUUCUCCAGGUCACAAUUCAGUAACUACCACACUAUGACAAUGACCGGGCUGUUCUUUCCCUCCUCACCAGAGACCAGCCUGGACACAAAGUCCGUUUCUGAGGCCCACCUGAAGAGGAGUAUUGUGGUCAAAACAGUGGAGACAAGAGAUGGAGAGGUAGGCAAAAGCUACCCAGGCCUGAUCACAUGAUUGAAAGAUCUAGCAAUCCAACCUUUUCUUUCCAAACACCUGUAGAAUCUAUGGACAUGCCUGCCCCACUCAUUUUAUUUUUAAUCCUCCAGGAAAUAGAUUCCUCAGUGUCCUUCGUCAUCAUGCUCUGUCGCUAAACUGCUCAUAGUUAGGAAAUUCUUCCUAAUAUUCAAACCUCCUUCCUCUCUGUAGUUUUAAUCUUGUCACUGGUGAGUGACUGUAGCCCUUUUAAUCUUCCAAUAUCUCUUGGCUUCUUGGGACUAUAUAUACCAGCCUCCUUCGGCCUUUCCUGGUAGGAUUUGUCUUCUAGAACCUCUGCCUAUCAUCUUUCAAUGAUUCUCUCUGCAUCCUAUUUCAAUUUAUCAGCAUUUUCUUUCUUUCACUGUGCUACUCAGGGCCCCAAAUGAGUGCUCCCCGGCACUGAGAAAAGGAGUGUUAUUAUCUGUAACUUCUUACGUCUUGGGUCCGAUGUUUCUCUUUGGAGACAACCAACCAGCAAUGGUCUUGGGCUUUCGAGCUGAAGCACCACAUGACUGGCAUCUGUUUGUUAUCCAUUGAAGACUAUGCAUUUCCCUCAGGCAUGCUAACCAGUUGUCCUUGUGCACAAACCGGGGUUCCUUCUUCCUAUGUGUAACACUUGAUAUUUCUUGUUGGUAUUCAUCCCCUUGGGUUUCUCUGCCAAUGCCUCCAGUUUACGAUGAUGAGGGAGAUUUAUAACUUACAAUCAGGCUUGUGGGCAAUAGAAAAUAACUUUUCUUCCUUCCAGAAUUGGUGUCGAGAUGGAUGGCUGGAACAUGAGUCAAAAUGGAUGGGGGAAUGAAUUCUCUAACAUGGUCACAGCAAGCUUUUCCAAGUCUGGGGUUUGGGGAAUGGUUUGCCCAGCAGCAUAGAUCUAUGCAUCUUGAUGGACUGCAUUUCAGUUCCUGUUCUAGUGUCAGUAAAAACAAUAGCAAAUAAAGUAUUUAAAAAGGAAAGGAAAGAGUGAGCAGGCACUUGGGAAUAAGUAAUUGAAGUUCUGAUGCUAUAGAGACAGUGUGUGCCAGAUGGCAGAAUACAAGCCUGUUUUUCUGCCUUGCCUGCUUGUGCCCACAAAAAAAAUUAGGCAGUGUUGUUCAGCAGGCAAAAGUUAUACUGCAAGGAUGAAGCUGUGCUCCUGACAAGACUUUAUUCCCUCAGUGAGCACUCUGUUCAGCCUGAGAUACCACAUAGCUCAGAUCAAAGGUCUUGCAAGCUGACUUGAGGAAAUACUUAGUCUGGAGUAUUGAACAGAGCAGAAUAACAAACCUGGAAAGUAUCGGGUCAUAAUUAUUAUUAUUACUUAUACCCCACCUACCUGGCUGGGUUUCUCCAGCCACUCUCAGUGGCUCCCAUCAGAAUAUUAAUAGUAAUAAUAAUAAUGUGAUAAAACACCAAACAUUAAAACUUCCCUAAAAAGGGCUGCCUUCAGAUGUCUUCUAAAAGUCAGAUAGUUGUUUAUUUCCAUGACAUCUGAUGGGAGGGCGUUCCACAGGGCAGGCGGCACUACCAAGAAGGCCCUCUGCCUGGUUCCCUGUAACUUCCGCAGUGAGGGAACCGCCAGAAGGCUCUCGGAGCUGGACCUCAGUGUCUCGGCUGAACGAUGGGGGUGGAGAUGCUCCUUCAGGUGCCGAGGCCGUUUAGGGCUUUAAAGCUCAGCACCAACACUUUGAAUUGUGCUCGGAAACAUACUGGGAGCCAAUGUAGGUCUUUCAGGACCGGUGUUAUAUGGUCUUGGCGGCUGCUCCCAGUCACCAGUCUAGCUGCCGCAUUCUGGAUUAGUUGUAGUUUCCGGGUCACCUUCAAAGGUAGCCCCACAUAGAGCUCAUUGCAGUAGUCCAUAGCUUCCCACUGUGCACAGAAGAUGUGUGUGAUGGGGUGUAAAUAGUUAUUUGGGAUAAUCCUGAAUAUUUACCUAGUUCUAAAGCGUUUCACGUAUUGUUGCGUUGUGAACUGCCCUGAGAUCUAUGGAUAUGGGGUAGUGUACAAAUUUAAUAAAUAAAUGAUAGCAUCUUGUUAUCAUUCUCACAGUGGCCUUAUAAAGGUAAGCCAGUACAGUGGUACCUUGGUUUACAAACUUAACCCAUUCCAGAAGUCCGUUCUUAAACCAAAGCGUUCUUAAACCAAGGCGUGCUUUCCCAUAGCAGCGGGGGACUCAAUUUACAAAUGGAACGCACUCAACAUGUUCUGCUUCCAAGGCAAAGUUCACAAACCAAAACACCUACUUCCGGGUUUGCAGCGUUCUUAAUCCAAGCUGUUCAUAAACUAAGCUGUUCUUAAAGCAGGGUACCACUGUACUAUUAUCCCCAUAAUGUGGAUGAGAGGCUUGGCUAACGCUGCUUAGUGAACAGGUUUGUGGCAGAUUCAAAGUGGAGACUUCCUGUUUCGUUGCUUUGUCUCUUGUGGCUGAUAGCUACACCAGCCCUUUUGCUCCUUACAAAGCAAUUAAAUAUACAUAUAGCUGAAAAGCUGCAAAGGCAUGUACGUGUCUGAAAUUUGAGCUAGGCCCCCAUCGUUUCCUUCCUUCUACUCCCCCCAGGAUGGGGGCUUAAAUCUCCUCUCCUCCGCUGGUACAUUUUCCAGAUCUGCCCUGCUGGUUUACUUCCAUCCAGGAAAACAAACCAUGACCUUUUAGGGUUAAAUAGAUAUAGGUAAAACAUAAAAAAGAAAGCUUGCUUUAAAUACCCUCCAACAUUUAUCCGAUGAAAAUAGGGAUCUCCUAUUUAAUAUUAUUAGGUAAAGGUAACGGGACCUCUGACCAUUAGGUCCAGUCGUGACCGACUCUGGGUUGCGGCGCUCAUCUCGCUUUAUUGGCCGAGGGAGCCGGCGUACAGCUUCCGAGUCAUGUGGCCAGCAUGACUAAACCGCUUCUGGCACACGGAAACGCCGUUUACCUUCCCACCAGAGCGGUACCUAUUUAUCUACUUGCACUUUGACAUGCUUUCGAACUGCUAGGUUGGCAGGAGCAGGGACCGAGCAACGGGAGCUCACCCCGUCGUGGGGAUUCAAACCGCUGACCUACUGAUCAGCAAGUCCUAGGCUCUGUGGUUUAACCCACAGCACCACCCACGUCCCUAUUUAAUAUUAUUAUUACUAAUAAUAAUAAUAAUAAUAAUACCCUGCCCAUCUGACUGGGUUGCCUCGGCCACUCUGGGCAGCUUCCAACAUAUAUAAAAACAUAAUAAAAUAAUAAACAUUUUUAAAAAAACACUUGCCUAUACAAUCAUACCUCGGGAUGAAUAUGCUUCAGGUUAAGUAUUUUCGGGUUGCGCUCCAUGGCGACCUGGAAAUAACAGAACGCAUUUCUUCUGGGUUUCGCCGCUCGCGCAUGCGCAGACGCUCAAAAUGGCGGGGGGCCACUAGGGGGCGCAUUGGAAGAUGGCCGACAAUACCAUCUCUCCAACCCACAUGGGGUAAUUAAGAGGCUGUUAUGGGAGUAGGCAGCCUCCCUUGUUGCACCAAAGGCGGGGUAUGUUGACAACGGGGCUGAAUGGGGGGGGGGGGACCUUUUUUACUUUCCUUCUAUGUGAUUUACAAGAACCCCUCCUUAUUAGAAAUGUCGGUUGAACUGACCCAAGCAGGAUGAUUAAGGUCUGUGUGGAGAUAAACUUUAACCAAAAGUAUGCUUUAUGGAGACCGAGAAGCAAUAAGAGUUUUUGGGAAUGGCGCAGCAAUUAAUAAGAGUCGCCAUCUUGCCAAAGGAUUUAUAGCCGGGAGGAAGAACGGUUUUGUUUUCAGACUGCAUUCCUAGUGAAUCUCCUCAGAGGUUUUGAGAAAGGAGGCAGAUUGGUGAAGAUUAAUGACGCUAAGACUGUUUUGAUGUAUGGAAGUGAUGUUAUAUGGAAAACGUCUGGAUAUGGCUACUGGAUAAAAAAAUAAUAUCCACGCAGGAUUACAAACUGUUCUAACCAGCUUGCGGAGACUAUCAGAGGUCACAAAGAGAAAGGAAAAAUAUAUGAAAAUAACAACAAGAGAUGUGGAAAAAUAAUAAGAAAGGACUGGAUAGUACUGUGAACAUCAUAAGGUUAGAUUUGUGGACAUUAAAACAGCAGUAAGAAGCAAGAAGUUGAUUGGAUCCCUUCAGAACUUGAAAUAUGGGUACCCCCAACAAAAAUUUAAAAUUCGGCUGUGUAAUUUGGAAUUUAUGUAAUUUGGUUUGAUUUGAUGUGAUUGGUCGGUUAAUAAAAAAUUAUUCUUAAACAAACAAAACAAAAUGGCAUCACACGCAUGCGCGGAAGCUGCGAAACGUGACCCACGCAUGUGCAGUCGCGCAGUGGCGUGUUACGUUUGCUUCAGGAUGCGAACGGGGCUCCGGAAUGGAUCCCAUUCGCAUCCAGAGGUACCACUGUACAGGGUUGCCUUCAGAUGUUUUCUAAACAUUGUAGAGUUACUUAGCUCCUUGGCUCAGUGGGUCGCAAAACUCCAUAACUUCCAACAUUUCACCAAUGCAAAUGGGGUGUCCUAAGGAAAAGUGGGACAUUCCAGGAUCAAAUCAGAAACCGAGACAGCUAUCAAGCCAGGGCUGUCCCUGGAAAAUAGGGACACUUGAGGGGCUGUGCUUAAAUUUUCAAUUAAGCGUCAUCAGUAUUGGCAAUAAUCUUGUGCAUGAACCAUCAAGUUACUAGUUCUGUGCUGCCAUAGACCCUGCUUUGAUUUUGAUUUUUAGGGGACAGGUGGGAGUAAGCAAUGGGAACCUGAAGCAUUUAGAAGGGAGCACACGAAGUUUCAAAAUGAAUAGGAGCUGUUUUGUGGCCGCUGAAAGCUAGGUUGCGACCCAAGCAGGGUGAAUAACUUCCCUCCCAUUCUUCUCCCCACUCUGCCUGCAGGUGAUCAAGGAGUCAACCCAGGAGCACAAGGAAGUGGUGUGAAGCCAGCGGCCGCAAAGUAAAAGCCACGCUAGCGAAGGGAGGGAGGAGACGCCUGUAGCUGUAGGACGCUAGGAGAAGCUUGCCUCCCUUCCUGACGCUUCAGGGCUAUGGCCCCAAAACAGCUCCGCACGCCGAAUAUGCCGCUGCUACGAGGGGUGGGAAACGUUUGCAAAUUUAACUAUUGCUGAGAAAGUAUAACCGGCUGCUGCCUCUUGGGCCUCAGUUGCCUGGUGCUUUAGGUGGGGUUUGGGGCCCACCCGCUUUCUUGCAUCUUGUAUGCUUCCCUCACUGUGUCCAAAUGAGGCACUGUGUUUAGACUGGGCUGUAGCUUUGCUAGAUGUUAUCCGCCUUGGGCUUAACACCAAAACCUACUGCUUCUCAAUAAACCUACUAAUGAAUAGGAUCCGUGUUUACUGUUGGUGCUGGGAGAGGUGUGUGUGUGAGAGAGGCCUAGAAGGGAGGUAUUUUGAGGGGAACAAUGGUAGGAAGUUAGCUUGUCUCCCCAGAAGUAUAACAUGUGUCCUUAAGAAACUGAAAUAUACUCGGAGUCAAGAGUGGAUUUCAUGCUCUUUAUUCAGCUCAUAGCGGUGAGGAGGAAUGGAAGUUCCCCCAGAAUGUCUGCUUUAUAUACAUUAUUUACACAAUGGGCCCCAUGUGAUUGGCUAAUUCCGGGAUUCUCCUGUAGGCCAAUCAGGUCGCAGAUUCACUUCCACCUGGAGCUGGAUUGGGUGGCUCCUGUGGACCAAUCAAACUGCUGUAUUCUGGAGCCUAUUGUUCUGGGACCAAUCAGGCUGCUGCAUUUUGGAUCCUAUUCAACUCAGUACAUAACAGAAACGCAUGUGACAAGAUAGCAAUUCAUCUUGCAAAUUAACCCCAAAAUAGUGAAAACGGGCCCUUCUGAAUGUUUAGCUGUGAUGCAAAGCUGUUAAAGAUGUCUUGUUGAGGGGGAAAUUGGGAACUUCCCUCCCAGUGCUAAUAAACACUGUGGGAUAGAGUGGGGAGUUAUCAGGACCACAUCAGGAGAGGGGUCUUUGCCGUUCUUCCCAUAUGACAGCUAUUUAAAACCUUAAAGCUGUCCCUGUCAGCUAAUUUGCUCCUGCAUUGGAUGAGUUUUGUUCAUGUAUGAAGUUUUCCCCCCUGCUAGAUUUGAAGUUGGAAAGGAAUACUAGUCAAAGUUGGCUAGUGACUGCAGUUUCCACCCCACCCGUGGGCCUCCAGCACAAUCUCUUCUCAUGGUCUAAUCUGCAGCAAGGUUGGUGGCCCAAGGUGUGAUUCCUGGCCAAGCGGGAUUUGAAUUUGGGUCUCCCCAGUACUAGUUCAAUGCUUAACCCCUACAGUAGCCUUUGGGCACCUACAGUAGCCUUAAGAACCUAGUCAACAAAUACACACUUCCUUUAUCUUCUUCCUCCAAGAGGCAGCCUCUGCCUUUUGGGGGUUUCGCCUCUGCCUUCUUUCCAUAACUCCCUCUGAGGUUUAUAAGCCAUCAGGAAGAGUCUGGAAUUUCGCAGCCUCUUAUCAACCUUAGGUUACCCACCAGCAAUGCAUCCAGUAAUUACUAGCCAAGUAAUAGAGGAGAAAUGGGAUUCAGAAAUGAUUUAAAGGGGAACUUGCCAAAAUCACACUCUUCAGAACACUUUGCAAACUGAAACAUAGCCAUCCUUUUCCAUUCCCCAGCUGAAUAAUGUGUACAGAUAUGCACAUACUGGGGUAAAAAGUGUGUAAAAGGGCAUAGGUAAGUGAAAAGAUCAUGCAAAAAUGCAUAUUAGGGGAAAUUUAUUUGCAAAAAUGUG